CAAUGGGUGUAUUGCAAAAGUUGCGUUGAAGAUUCUCAGCUUACAGUAAUUCGCAUAUAUGGGGAGAAAAAAUAAAAAUCUUUCCACUUGAUUAAACUUAGCGCAGCUUCCUCCAAAUUUCCUAUGAUUUUCUCCUCCGUCUACUUUGAAUACAUGUUAUGCUAUUCAAAAAAUUAUGUUCAGCUUUUUCCUGUCCAAAGAAAAAUAAUCAGCAACCUCACCCCCACAAACAGCUCUUCAUAGCUUCUGAUAAAGAGAAAUACUUCCUCCACUUCUCGACCAGCAGGAGAAAUGGCAGAGGCUAUUGUGUCCUUAUCUGUUGAAAGAAUUUCAGAUUUGCUCAUCCAUGAAGCAGUUUUCCUCAAAGAUGUGAAAGAUCAAGUUGAGAGCCUAAAGGAUGAACUGAAGCGAAUGAAGUGUUUCUUGGAGGACGUUGACCGUAUACCAGAACAAGACAAGCGUCUCCAUAAUCGGGUGUCGGAAAUCCGGAAUCUUGCUUACGAUGCUGAAGAUGUCAUCGACUCGUUUAUUCUUAAAGCAGCACAUCAGCGGGGUUUUCAUGGGAUUGUCAAGAGAUUCAUCUCCAUUUUCACCAAACCUUCUCAUCUGCACAAAAUCGGCGUGCAGGUCAAAGCAAUCCAGACCAAGCUCCAAAACAUUUCCAGGAAUCUUCCAGCUUAUGCGAUACCCGGUGAUGGAGAAGGCUCUAGCUCAAUUUUCAAGGUGCAGCAAUGGUUAAGGACAUACUCACAUGUCAAGGAAGAGGACGUUGUUAGCUUGGAGGUUAGCACCAAGGAAAUUAUGGCCAAGUUGAUGAUAGAAGAAGAUAGACUCCUUGCCGUAGUUUCGGUAGUCGGCAUGGGGGGCAUCGGUAAGACUACUCUUGCCAGAAAAGUUUAUAAUCAUGUUGAUGUGAGACGCCAUUUUGAUUUCUUGGCUUGGGUUUAUAUAUCUCAACAAUGUAAGCCGAGAAAAGUUUUGCUUAGUGUCUUGAUGAAAGUUCUCUCUCCUUCUAAAGAUGACAGAGAGCUAAUUGAGAAACUGGACGAGAAUGAGCUGUGGAAAAGGCUUUUUGACGCUUUGAAAGAAAAGCGGUAUUUGGUAGUCCUCGAUGAUAUCUGGAGAAGCGAGGAUUGGGAUAUUCUUAAACCUGCUUUUCCACGAGGAAGAAAGGGAAGCAAAAUAUUGUUCACAACACGCAACAGGAAUGUGGCUUUAUAUGCCGAUCCUUGCAACACUCCCAUGGAGCUCUCAUUUCUUACAGAUGAUGAAAGUUGGAAUCUUUUGUGUAGGAAUGCAUUCCCAAUAAACGAGACAGAUUCUUAUAUCUACUCAGAGGAAUUAGAGAAACUCGGAAGAGAGAUGGUGAGAAAAUGUGGAGGUCUACCUUUAGCAAUUGUUCUCUUGGGAAAGUUGCUAGCAAGAAAACAAUCACUGGAUCAGUGGAAGACGGUUCACAAAAACAUUUUCCAUGGAAGGUUAAAAGGGUUCCAACAACAUGAUCCUCAAUAUGGUGCAGUGAACAGGAUUUUGGUUUUAAGCUACAAUGAUUUGCCUUAUCAUUUAAAACCAUGCUUUCUAUAUCUUGCUCAUUAUCCAGAAGAUUGGGAGAUAUCGAAAAAGGAGCUCAUUCGAUUAUGGAUCGCUGAAGGUUUCAUUUCACCAUUAUUGGGAAGCAAAGAAAUCUUGAUGGAGGAUGUAGGUGAACAAUUCCUAGAAGACCUUAUAGACAGAAGCUUGGUUCAAGUUUGGUGGCGAGACUCUACAGGGACAAAAGUGAAAACAUGUCGAAUACAUGAUCUCUUCAGAGACUUGUGCAUGGAGAAAGCAGAAGAGGAGAAUUUCUUAAAAUUUAUUCAACCUUCAUUAGUUGAAAACUCUGGAAUUUCUCUUGAUGUGACCUUGGUAGCAUCUGUGCCACGAAGAAUUGCUAUACAUCCUGGCAAAAGGGAUGUCCAUUUAAAAGGAGGGCAUCCACAAUUACGUUCUUUGCUGCUGAUUCAAGAAGAGGUAUUCAUAAACUUCCAUAUUUCAAAUUUCAAGAAAUUUAAACUUUUAAGAGUUUUGAAACUUACGAGGAAUGUUAGGAAAAGUGGCAUGUGUAGGUGAAAUUGGUAAUCUCCAUCAUUUGAGGUAUUUGAGGUUAAAAUGCACUGGGGAAAUGAUCUUGCCAUGUGCUAUUGGGAAGUUGAAGAAUUUACACACUUUGUACCUCCAAUGCCUUUCUCGCAGUAUAGUCCCAAAUGUUGUAUUCAAGUUGGAACGUUUAAGGCAAUUUGUGAUGAAAGGGGAUGCAUACCCUAGGAUCAAAAGUGGUUUCCAUUGGUGGCGAAGUUUUUCUUCAAAAAAUAUCGAAACUUUGAAGUACAUGUCGGUGGACAAGAAGUUAAUUGAAAAUAAUGAGGCGCUUAGGUUGUCAAAUAUUCAAUGUUUAGGAAUAAUAUUCAAGAGUUCAGAAGAUGUUAAGCUUAUCCUACUGUUGGCGGUCAAAUUGGAUCGCCUUAGGUCAUUGUCCAUGAGUUUGUCUGACUUUCUAAACGAUGACAAGUCAAGCUCAUUUUCAAAUCUAGACUUGGAACCUCUUUUUCAAUGUCGUGGCCUCUCCAAAUUGAAGUUAAUAGGGCCUAAAAAAGAAUAUCCACAUCAGAGCCAUUAUGUUUUGAAAUUUCUUCCACCAAGUAUUGUCAAGUUAACUUCCGUUUCUCUGAGCUAACUCAUGAUCCAAUGGGUGUAUUGGAAAGGUUGCAUUGUUUGACAAUUCUUAACUUACAAGGUUUUGCAUAUGAGGGGAGAAAAAUGAUUUGCUCUGCCAAUGGCUUUCCUCAACUUGACUCUCUUUGCAUGGACUAUGCAAAAAAUUUAGAAGAGUAGGAGAUAGAAAAAGGUGCAAUGCCACGUCCUCGAAAUUUGAAGUUAAGAUUUAUUUUAAAAUUAGAGAUGUUUCCGGAAUGAUUGAUGUUUAUUACUACUCUCCAAGAAUUGAAAUUAUUAGCAAUGAGCCGUUCAUUGAAAAAGAGGAUUCAAGUGAAGAAUGGAAGAGAAGGCGAACAUUUCUACAAAGUGCGCCAUAUUCCCUCCAUCCAAAUCACAUAUUAUAGAUGAAUAUCUUUCUACAAUGACAAAUUUCAUUUGAUUUAGAAGAGUUGGAGCCAUUAUCACAAAAACUCGUUUUUAUUAAAGUUCUUGUCAAACACUCGUUCAAUAUAUGUUCAAACCAUUUAACCUCAUCCCUACUCUUAAUAUUGUAUUAAAAAAUAAUUUUAUACAUAAUUUAAUUCUUUUGAUUUUUUAGCUUUAAAA